AUGCCCGCGACCAUCGACCCCAGAACCCACGCAACACCCAAUAUGGAGCCGGAAUAUGAGGUUCGGCUCCAGUUGAAUCCAGCCACUGUCCUUGACAACGAGCACAAAUUGAAAGAGUGUGUCCUAUCGACAUUCAACAUGCCCAAGUCCGUCACGAAGUUAAACGUCCAGUUUCUCGAUACGGAUUGCAAGGAGAUCUACAGCGCCGGCUGGAGUCCACGCAUCCGCAAGGCGGAAAAAGAGGACGACUUGGAACUGACGUAUAAGAAGCGGUACCCCAUCACGGGCACUGAUAUUGAUGCUGCACUCAAUGAAGCCGCUAAGGAUGGUUUCGACGCGGGCGCUGCCAAGUACGAGGCACAGGUUGAAUGGGGAUACCAGAAGCACACGCUCUCUAUCAGCCGAAAGAAAAGUGUAGCAGAUCCUGAGGAUGACGACCUGGAUCUUCCCAAGACGCGGAAAUCGCAAAAACUGCUCAUCAAUGAAGCGCCGGACAAGUUUGACAACUGGAAACACCGCAACUGGGGCACCAAGGCUCUAUCAGAGUCACGCAUCUUUGGCCCGGUCCUUGCGAGGCGCUCUAUUGGCACGUGGAGUGGGAUGAAGCUGUUCCUGGAGGUCUGGCCGCUCCUCAACGCCGAGAGGACGGAUAUCGAGCACAUCGUUGAAGCAUCGUUCAAGACGGAGAGCCGCACGACGGCAUUUGCUGAGCAGUGUCGUUUGGCAGAGGUGUUACAGAGCAAUGGUUGGUUUCUACCCGAGGAUGCGCUGAAGACGCACCUCAUCAUGGAGCGCUAUUGA